UUUUGUCAUAGAAAAAGCAUCGUAAAACUUCAAUUUUUAUGGUUCCAUUUUACGUGUGAGAAACUUAAAUAUGACAAUGUCAAAGUUUGAUUUAACUUCCCGUAAUGGUCAAUAUUUAGAUAGACAUUUAGUAUUUCCAUUAUUAGAAUUUUUGUCGGCUAAAGAGAUUUACGAUGAGACUGAACUUCUUCAGGCAAAACUCGACAUACUGAGUAAAACUAAUAUGAUAGAUUAUGCUAUUGAUAUUAGAAAGCAAUUGUAUCCUAAUGAGGAAGUUCCAGAGGAACUUAAGAGUCGAAGAAUUCAUGUCGUUGCUCGAUUGCAAGAACUACAAACUGAAGUGGAUCCUAUUUUGAAAAUUAUGGGAAUGGAAGAUGUAAUGAAAACUGUUGAAACCAUGAGGGAUCCCAAAACUCUCAUAAAUUAUCUUACUAAAGAAUUUGAUUUCAAGAUAGAGAUGAUCGACAGUAUGUAUCAGCUAGCCAAACAUCGUUAUGAGUGUGGAAAUUAUUCUGUUUCAACCAGUUACUUAUACUUCUGCAUGCUGGUUAUGCCUCCAACUGAUAAGAAUUAUAUUAAUGUGCUUUGGGGGAAAUUAGCAUCUGAAGUGUUGGUUCAAAAUUGGGAUGCUGCAUUAGAAGACUUGAAUAAAUUGCGAGACUAUAUUGAUAAUAAUUCCUUUGGAAGUAAUAUUCAGGUUCUGCAACAAAGAACUUGGCUCAUUCAUUGGAGUUUGUUUGUAUUUUUUAAUCAUGCUAAAGGCCGUGACCUGAUUGUGGAAAUGUUUCUUUACAAACCACCUUAUCUAAAUGCUAUCCAAACUAUGUGUCCACAUGUACUACGAUAUUUGGCAACAGCAGUCAUAAUCAAUCGCACUCGUAGAAAUGCACUGAAGGAUUUAGUGAAGGUUAUUCAACAGGAAUCAUAUACAUAUAGAGAUCCUAUAACUGAAUUCAUAGAGCAUCUUUAUGUAAACUUUGACUUUGAGGGAGCCCGUCAAAAACUUCACGAGUGCCAAACAGUUUUGUACAAUGAUUUCUUCUUGAUCGCUUGUUUAUCUGAAUUUGUAGAAAAUGCACGAUUAAUGAUCUUUGAGACCUUCUGUAGAAUACAUAAUUGCAUCAGCAUUGGUAUGUUAGCUGAAAAACUGAACAUGAAUCCAGAAGAAGCAGAAUGCUGGAUAGUGAAUUUGAUAAGAAAUGCUCGUUUAGAUGCUAAAAUUGACUCUAAAUUGGGGCAUGUUGUUAUGGGUGGUCAACCACUUAGUCCAUAUCAACAAUUAAUUGAAAAAAUAGAUUCGUUGGCAGUCAGGUCAGAAGCUUUGGCAGGUUUGGUUGACAGGAAACAUAAAGCUAAAAAUCAAGAUAUACGUUGGGGAACGCAGGAAUUUUGAGCAGUAUUUUUCUCAUAAUUAACUAUAACGUGUUUUAGCAACUUUUUCUGCAGAACCUAAAUAAAAUGUUUAUAAUAUUUUGUGUUUUUAGUACUUGCUAGUUUCUAAUGAG